CGGACGACGGACGGGAUCCCCCACCGCUUCUCCGUCUCUCCCCUUUCCCCUCCUCCCACCGCCCGAAUAUCCCAAGCUUGCGUCUUUCGGCGGCGGCGGGCGGCGAGGAGACGGAGCCCAGGCCGGAGGAGGGAGGACCGUCCCCCAACCGUCUGGCCGAGAGGUGCGUGCGACCCUCGCUUCUCCCCGGCCCGAACGCCCCCCACCAUUCCAUUUCCAUCCGCCCGCCCGAUUCGUCUCCGAGAGGCAACAACAGAGACACUAUGAUGCCUGGAGCAGAUGAGGCGUUUCUGGCAGAGCCGAGAACGACGCUGGUCUUUGGGGCUGUAACAUCUAAAUCGGAGCCACUGACCUUUCAAGAGUCCCUCAGAUUCGUCAAGAAAGUGAAGGCUCGCAACUACAUGCUGUACCUGUCGCUGUUCGACAUCCUGGGCAGGACGGAGCUGUCCCAGCUGGAGGCCUACCAAACGCUGCAGCUGCUGUUCCGCGACCACCCGGACCUGCACAAAGGGCUGGAGAAGUUCAGGCCUCCAGUGCACGCGAAGCACGCCCCUGCGAACGGCAGCCUGUGGCCGUGGGUGUUGGCGUGCGCCGCGGUCCCGCUGGUGGCCAUGAGCCUGAUCCCGGCGCUGGGGAACCCGGUGCUGUGGCUCGUCCAGCAGACGCUCGGCGAGAAGAUGAGGGCGGCGUGAUUCGAGUCGGGCCACUAGAGUUGCAGGGCAUGUUGCUCCUCGGAUGGCCGCUAGGUUUAUCAAUCCCGUCAGUGAGUCAGUCAGUGAGCGAGUCAAUCAAUAAUGUAAUUAGUUGACACAUGGUCGUGUGCGUGCGUGCGGGUGGGUGGUGUAUAUAUAGUUAGGGCAAGCAAAGCAACAAUCAUCAUGGGAUGGGAUGGACGGGGGAGGAAAUUGGGGCUGGGUUUAUUGGGCUGCGAAGUAGUAUGAGGUAGGCAGGCACCGGGAAGAAAGAAAUUUGGUUAUGCUCUCCAGUGCUAGUGCUGGAUCGAACUUGUUAUUUUUACCUGCAUACAUGUGUGUGAUGCUCUCUCCAGCUGCUGUUAGAUGUUGCUACUAGUGCAUUGGGCAGGCAAUCCUUAA